UUCCGAACGACUCACAACGCUGUCACGCUUAUGUCAAAUAAAACAAUUAUUAAACUUUAACUAAAUCGCCUCGCGUUUUACUCCUCCAUUUCCAAUAGGUUAUGGGCCCAGGAGUAGUAAAGACUUUAAUAAUUGUGUGUGAUCAAGAGGAAAAUAAUUAUUGUGUUAAUUAGCUUGAACAUUUUUUAUAAACAUGAGCGGACAAGGGCUCUGUGCGAUCGACAAAUUGGACGGCGAAAAUUACGCAGUAUGGUCGGUGCAAAUGAAGAGUGUAUUGGUGCACUCAGGUAUGUGGUCGUUAGUGUGCGGAAGACGCGUGAAGCAAGAAAGUGAUACAGUUGAGCAAGGAGCCCAAUUCGACGAACUAGACGAAAAAGCAUUAGCAACAAUAUUGCUGUGCGUGAAGGCUUCAGAAAUUAAUUUGAUUAAAAACUGUGCUAGUUCUAAAGAAGCUUGGGACAAGCUUGCAGCUGUGUACAAGCCUCGUGGACCCGCCAGAAAAAUUACCUUGUUCAGGAAAUUACUCCGGUUGAGUUUGUCGGAAAGUGCGUGCGUGCAAAAUUACAUAAACGAUUUUGUGGAUAUCGUCGAAAAACUGAAAGAAAUUGAUAUGGACAUUUCUGAAGAUAUUCUUACUAUUUUGAUGCUGUCGGGACUCGGUAAGAAAUUCGAAAAUUUCGUGGUAGCGAUCGAAACGCGUGAACAGUUUCCGACUCUCUCUGAUUUAAAAGUGAAAAUUAUAGAAGAGGGAGAGAGACAAAGAGUGAGUUCGGACGAAACGGAACUUUGUGUGCAGCAAGCAUUUGUGUCGUGUCCCAGUGGAAAGGGAGACAAGAAAAAUAGAUCGGCGCAAAAGAACAGUUAUGCAAAAAAGAAUAAAAAAUGCUUUCGAUGUGGUCGCGAGGGUCACUUUAUUGCGCAGUGCAAAGUGAAAGACAAAAAUGACGAAAUAGAAACAUCUGCAAAAGAGAAGUCGUUUACUAUGCUUGCAAGUGUAAAUAAAAAUGACGUUUUAACGAAAACGAUGUGGUGCUUGGACAGUGGAGCAACUGCUCACAUGUGUUGUGAAAGGUCGUGGUUCGCGGACAUUAAAGAGCAUAAAGAGAAAAUAUUACUUGCAGGAGAAAAAUGGUUCCGUUAA